AUGCCCCAGGUCCCACCGAACUCCACAUCUGCGGCCGCCGACGACGCGCUGCGCAACACGUUCCAGAUCGUGCACGCCUUCCUCGCCGAGCAUGCUCCCAACGCCGCUGCGCAACUCGCUGCCACCCUCCCCGACUCCCCCGCCCCGCCCAGGACCCUCGCUUCUGCGCUCGUAGACCACGUCCGCAACUCGCCAAGGAGGUCCUGGCCCGGUCUGGCCGCCCAGGCAGCAGCAGCCCCGUCCUCGCCCACUCCCAUGGAUGAAGAUAGCGACUCUGACUCGUCUUCCUCCGACUCAAGCUCGAGCUCGAGCUCUAGCUCCUCUUCCGACUCGGACUCGGACUCGGACUCGAGCGACAGCGACAGCGAUAGCGACUCGAGUGACGAUGGCAGCGACGACAGCGACUCGGAGGAAGACAAGAAGGUCAAGGCCGCGAAGAACGAGAAGCCCCACCAGGACCACGAGGCUGCCUCUUCCACCAUCGUCUCGGACUCGCAGGACGAGGCAGAGGCAGAGCUUCCCAGCAAGGGCAUCGCCACGCCCACAGGCGCUUCGUCGGCCGGUCCGUCCGCCGCCAUCACCCACAAGCGCAAGCGCGCAGCUUCCACGUCCUCCUCGGACUCGGACUCGGACGACAGCGACGAUGAGAGCAGCGACAGCGACAGCAGCAGCGACGAGGACAGCGACGAUGAGUCCAGCGACUCGGACUCGGACUCCGACUCCGACUCCGACUCCGACUCCGACUCCGACUCCGACAACAGCGACAGCGACGACGACAAGGAAGAGCCGACCGUGAAGACGGUCGAGACCGUUGUGGUCGAGGUUGCCUCUUCCGACUCUGACUCCGACUCGGAUUCGGAUUCGAGCGACUCGAGCGACUCGAGCUCUGAUUCCGAUUCGGACUCGGACUCGUCGAGCGACGAAGAGGUGGUAGCCAAGGUCUCGGCCCCGAACGGCGACGGCGACGACAGCAGCUCUUCCGACAGCUCUGACUCCUCCGACUCUGACUCUGACUCGGACUCUGGCUCCGACUCUGACUCGAGCUCGGGUAGCAGCAGCAGCGGCGGCUCCUCCUCCUCCUCGGAAUCUGGCGAUGAGAGCGACAGCUCUUCCGACUCGUCGUCUUCCAGCUCCAGCAGCAGCAGCGGUGGCUCAGACUCGUCGUCUCCUUCCCCAAAGGGCCCUCCUGCCAAGCGUCAGAAGACCGACCCUGAAGUCGCCGCCGUCGCUGCUACUGCGGCUGCUGCUGCGGUUGCUGCUCCCGUCGCUUCCACCAGCACGCCUUCUCGCCCUGCGCCACCGGCGCCUGCCACCGGCUCGGGCCGUAAGCCAGUGGGCCAGAACACGCCGUUCCAGCGCGUCAAGGCGGACAAGGUGACGUACCUCGACGACCGUAUGAAGGACAUGUCGUACGCGGGCAUCGGUCUCAACGGCGACGAGUACGGCGCGCGCGCCAGCCGCGACCUCAUCGUCACGCGCGGAAAGGGCUUCACAAAGGAGAAGAACAAGAAGAAGCGCGGCUCGUACCGCGGAGGCGCCAUCGACGUCUACGGCUCCCACAGCAUCAAGUUCGACGACGACGACGACUGA